GCGAGAAAUAUGCACAUGCGCGGAGCGGUUUGUCUGCGUUACCAUGGUAGCCGGAGCCGCUAGCUGCAGGCUCUAGUGGCUGAGAUCUCAAAAGUAUUUCUGCGAGGGCCCAGGAGCGGCUGCUGCUUCAGAGCCUUGAUUACGACCUCCGGAGCCCAGCCGCCGCUCUCUGUGGGGAGAGAGGCCACCCAGCCGGGGUCUUACUUUAGGAUCCCUCCCAUGGCUUCCCAGGAGAGUGUGGAGACGGUGACUAAAGGAACAGGGUUCUGGCGCUGUCCCAAGCUGACCACUUACACCCCAGGGACCUGCGAACUGCUCAGAGUGAUGAUGAAGGAAUCCAAACUGACUAACUUCCAACAGCGCCACAUCAUGGACACCAUUAAACGAAAGAAGGUGCCUAUCAGGAGGCAUCUGGUCAACCACAGAAACUGGAAUGGGAGAGUCAGAGAGACAAAGACUGACUGCCCAGCACUGGCUGGGGGAGGGAGGCUCCAUCAGGAGGAGACACUCUCCCCCUGCAGUGCAGCCCAACUUCCAGCCAGAGGGUCUUGCCUUCCAAGCAGCCAAGCUCAGCCAUCUACCUGCCUCCCAUCCUGGCUGCCCGGUCCCACCUCCGGCCUGCCAGGAGGUGCCAAGCCAACGGGGCCUACAGCCGGGAGCAGUUCAAGCCUCAGGCCACCCGGGAUCUGGAGAAGGAGAAGCGAAGACUCCAGAAUAUCUUUGCCACCGGGAAGAAGCCAGAGGAACGGAAAAGAAAGCCCCCUCCCGUGCGACAGGAGGACCCAGCCCCCGAGCUGGACCGCUUUGAAGAACAGAGGCUACCUGCCGCCCCACCAUCCCUCCCAGGAGCACGGGGGCCCCUGUUGUCCUGUGCACGGACGGCCCUCUCCCUGUCCAGUGGUGAAGGAAGUUCAGGAGAGGAAAGAAUUCCUGGCUGACAUGGAGGCCCUGGGGCAGGGCAGACAGUAUCGCGGGAUCAUCCUUACUGAAAUCUCCCAGAAACUACAGGAAAUGGAAGACAUUGACCACAAGAGGAGUGAGGAACUUAGGAAAGCUCUUGCCACCACUUAACCUUCCACUCGCCCCUGCUCCCCACCCCAAGGAGGGCAGGGGAGCCCACCCCCUUGCCAAGCCGGGUCACCCCCAGGUCAGUCCACCCACUCUGCCCUUCAGCCAUGGAAAUGGUUGUAUAGCACUGCCCCCACCUACGGUACCCUGGACACAGCACCCUAGAAAAUGGACCACAUCUCAGAAAAUGAGCUGAUUCUCCUCCAGACUCUGCCCAGGGUCAGCUGAGCCUCUGAGACCAGUCACAGAUCCAGACACCCACACACACACACACGCACGCAUGUGCACACACACAGUGAAAGCAAGUCCAGGUCUUAACCACCUUGGGUAUGUGUCUAAGGGUGUCCACUAGGGCCUCUUCCCAACGCUUCGCCCACUGUGUGUCCCUGUGUCCCACACAUUAGGUUUUCUGAACUUAGUAAUGAAUAUGAUUCCUUUCUUCCUACCCGUCUUAGGACCUACUUGUUUGACUUCUUACAGCCUUGGACAAAUAUUUAACCACUAUGAUUAACUGGCUAAUAAAACACAUUUACUGUAGGUCAUUACACA